AGAGAUCAAGCGCCGUCCCAAUCCCAUCAUCUAAUCAAACCGAUCCCAAAGCCAUACAGCCGUAAAGAGAAAAUAAAAGGGAAAAAAGGAAAUGAGGAACCCAAUCUCAGUCUCAGAGCAAACAUCCACAAGAAACGAGAAAGGAAACAAGACAACUCCUUGUUGCAGCAAGGUAGGGCUGAAAAGGGGGCCAUGGACCCCCGAAGAAGACGAUUUAUUAACCGCUUACAUCAAGAAAGAAGGAGAAGGCCGAUGGCGGACUCUUCCAAAGCUGGCCGGACUCCUCCGCUGCGGAAAAAGCUGUCGCCUCCGUUGGAUGAACUACCUCCGACCCUCCGUCAAGCGAGGUCAGAUCACCCCCGACGAAGAGGAUCUCAUUCUUCGCCUUCACCGCCUUCUUGGCAAUCGAUGGUCGCUUAUAGCUGGAAGAAUACCAGGGCGUACAGACAAUGAGAUUAAGAACUACUGGAACACACACCUGAGUAAAAAGUUGAUCUGCCAAGGCAUAGAUCCAAGGACCCACAAGCCUUUAAACCCUAACCACUCACCAAGCCAUCUCAAAGCUCCUUCAUCCUCCAAAAAUCAUGUAUCCGCUACUGGCACAAUCCCUAACCCGGAUAUUAAGCAUGCAGCACCUUCUUCCAGCGGAGAUCAAAUCACGGCUGCUGGCAAAGAAAAUGAGUAUUCCCAGAAUCAUAAUCAAACUGAUGACGCACUAACAGUCGAUGGAUUCACCGGUCUGCUCAAUGGUGAAGGUUGUGGAUUAGAAAUGAGAAGCAGCAACAGCAACCAAAACCAAGGGAUUAUAACAAGCAACGAGGAAGAUGAUGAGGACAUAAAUUGCUGCAACGAUGAUGUCCUCUCUUCCUUUCUCAACUCAUUGAUAAACGAAGAUGCUUUUGCCAACCAGAAUCCCAUGCUACAGCUGACCAAUGGAGUUACACAAGCCGAUCAUGCAUUGGUUCCAAUCACACCAUCAACUUUUCGCCUUGGCCAGGACUGUGAUUUAAACCAAAAUGACUCCGAGAGGGUUAAUGAUCGUCAUCUCAACUAGCUCUCCCCAACCCUCAGCUUGCCUUGCACUAUGAAAAUCAAUACAACUGCAGAAGAUAAAGAAAAUGUUAUAGGGCUUGGUUAUUAUUUUAUGUAUGUUGAUAGUCUAUUAUCGUUCCACUUAAUUCCUCAUCCUAUGUGUGUUUUGUAAUCAAAGAUAAGUGGGAACAAUGCACUGAUUUGAACUUAUGUCGACAUUGUGUGUGAUGUGUUUUUCAUUUAGCUGAUCAAUAUAUUAUUUAAGCUUAUUUGAUUAA